AUGUCCUUUGACAGAGAUCCAAACGUUGAAGUUGUGCGUAAAUGCGAUGGUGCAGUCCAAAGUCUAGACCAUGCACAACAGCCGUGGUCCCCUGAGGCAGGCCUACAAGGUCCAUCAGAUCCUAUCAGCGCUGCCCAUCAAUAUCUUCUUAAGGUGGCCGAUGACUACAGAAUUCCUCAAGACGUCCUUGGUGAAACUCCCAGCAAGUUAUCUGACGUAGCCAGUCCCACAGACGCUCCGUUCGGCCUCCCAGUGGCACAAGAAAGACCUCGCUAUAGGAGCACAGCAGUGAUCUACCAGCAAACCUUGGGUGGGCUGCCUGUUUGGGAUGCCAAGCUUAACAUUACUGUAAAUGAGGAGAAUCAGAUAGUCAACUCGUCCAGCAGCAUCGACACAAAAGCCUCCAAGCCAGAACUACCUCCAGAUGAUGCUAAAUACAUGCAAAGCGAUGUUACAGCGGAGGAUCUUGGCCAAUUGCUAGCGCUUCCAGUAAGCCGAGGUGCAAUCUACUUCAAACCAGAGCAGAAGAAACAACAGCUUCUUGUCUAUCGCUACCACAAAGAUGAUAGGCAGGAAAUAUCUAAGCAUUCUGCACCUACCCUAAUUUUACCUGAAGUCCCUGAGACCAUCAGGGAUGGACAGUACUAUGUAGUGAGAGAAGUUCUUUUCUCUCUCCCGCUCUCUGGAUAUGGUGACCUCAACUGGAGAGCAUUUGUUGAAGUCAAGACGGUCUCUAUCGUCUACUUGCGGGCGCUCACAGCUGGUCUAAGUGGCUGGGUGUUUGCUCGAGACCCUGCUACAAAGCUAGGCCAUAACGCUCCCACAACAAGUGGCAGCAUUGCUGACUUGAACCUGCUACGUGACAAAGUUUUCCUGCCCGACACUAUUACGACAACCCCUCAAGCUCUCGAGGGCAGAUAUGCUGCAAUCAGAGAUUUCGAUUUGCCUACAAGUCUACCACCAACGACAGCCACUGGAGAAUUCAAUGAUAGCGUUGAGACAGACAAUUUUGCAGCUGUGAAUGCAUACUACCAUAUUGCAAAGCUGUUCCGGCUUCUGGCUGAGCUGGGCUUUCCCAUCAAAACCAUAUUCAAUAACACCCAGUUUCCCGUCCCUAUUGAUCAUCGUGGCUUCAACAACCAGGUAAAUGCACAAGCUCCAGGAAAUGCAGCUGGCAACGGCUCCGGAGGAUUUAUCUUCGGCCGGGCUAAUGCAAAUGCGCAAAUUGGUAUUUCUGCGGAUUUCCGCGUCGCUGCACACGAAUUUGGCCAUGCACUUCUGUGGGAUGCUAUUAACUGGCCGGGGUUUGGUUUCGCGCACAGCCCUGGCGACUCGUUGGCUGCCAUAUACUGUGAUCCUGGAAGUGAUGCACAAGAUCGAUUUAAUACAUUCCCUUGGAGUGUUGUCCGACGCCGUCAUGACCGCGAAGUCACUGAUGGCUGGGCAUGGGAUGGGCCCCAAUACAGACGCGAUGGGCCCGCGUUCUACCUUCGCGAGCAGAUUCUAUCAACCACUCUUUUCCGCCUCUAUCGGGCCAUUGGUGGAGAUGCGAUCGGUAAUCUCCACAAGCAGAACUGGGCGUCAAGGUACACUCUGUAUCUGAUCAUUGGAGGCAUUGCUACCAUCACAACAACUGCCAGCAUGCCGUACCAAUAUGUCUCUGCGAUGAUAUUGGCGGACAAUGGUACAGUGCUUGGCUAUCCUGGUGGCGCUGUCAGGAAGAUUAUCCGCUGGUCAUUCGAGAAACAGGGCCUUUACCAUCCUCUCAACACUCCGAGCCCUGGGGUCAUGACACGAGGGCCACCUCCGGCUGUGGACGUAUACAUCAAUGACGGUCGAGAAGGCGAGUAUGACUACGCUCCUAUGCCUGGUAACCCACCUGGUGUCUGGAAUCGCCAAGCUCCAGAUGGUGGUCUGUUCAACCAGGCGCCCAUUGUCGGAGUUCCCAAUUACUGUUAUGUCGCGGUGAAGAACCGAGGAACACAGGAUGCGCAGAACGUCCAAGUCACUGUAUAUGAGUCUACUAUCCCAGAGCCAACGAUCUGGCCAACCCACUUCCAAGUACCGGGCACUGUUGUGCAAAAUAUCGGGCCUAUUAGUGGACACGGACUGCACACUGCUAUUGCCGGGCCAGUCCAAUGGACUCCCCAAGCAGGUGCUGCGUUCGAUGGGUAUAGCUUACUGGCCGCUGUCCGUGCGAACGGUGACCUCUCAAAUAUUGAUAUAAGCAGUGGCUUGCAAUGUGCACUCCAGCCCAUGGAUAUCGAGAACCUCGUGCCAUUUGAUAACAAUCUGGCAAUGCGGCAGUUUUAAAGGGUAAAGAUUUCUAGGAGUAUCGCGCAGGACCAAACGCGAUUUUGGAAUAAUGAAAAGCUACCGCAUAGCAACUUUUUUAAUUUAACCCUCCCCCGUUAUGCUGUUCCUUCGUAUUAUGCCUGCGGUGC